GCUGGCCACGUCGUGCAACGAAGCUACCAACCCAAGCACGGUGGCCUUCCCAGGUACUAGUACUAGUACAGCACUUUCACCCCACUUCACCAUGGCGUCGUCGGAGCCUGCAUCCAAACGUCGCCGUACCUCGGGAGAGUUGGAUCCACAGCCAGCUGUGGUUGGAUCCUCACCCACGGUUGUCCAGCCUACUGAGGAACCAGAUUCUGGAUCUUUUGUGGCACCAAAGCUUGAAGAGAUUCCUCAGUUGCUGUUUGUGGAACUUCAGAAGGAUAAAGAAGAAGAUAUUGUUGCAGCUUUGAAGCAACUCUUUGAUCUGUUCAGCCCAAAAGACAAAAAAGACAAGAAUGACCCAGCCCUCAAGAAUUGGGAGAAGACAAAGCACCUUGGUCCCCCCAGCUUUGUGGUUGUCAACAUGCGCAAGUGGGCCCCAAACCAUUAUAUCCAGCUCUGGUCAUGCAGAGUUCUUUCUGUGCUAAUGGUCUGUUCUAAAAACUCCUGUUCUAACAAUUCCUGCAUUGCCGAGAUGGCCACGGUGGAAUCUGGAGGUGUUGAAGCUGUUCUCAAUGCCAUGAAGAGCUUUCCUCAAUCUGAGGUUGUAAUCCAGCGUGCCUGUUGUGCCCUGAGGAACACAUUUCUCAGUUUGAUUAAGCGACCCAAAGUUGUAAAAGAUUGUGCCGCUCGCUUUGUGGAAGAACUCGAAGGCGUAGCUGUCAUGCUUCAAACUAUAAAAGAGUUUCCUGAAGACACAUCCAUUCUCGAGCAUUGUUGCCUGGUAUUCAAAAAUCUGGCAGCUUCCUUCAAACAACAUCAUGGUAUGUUUAUUGAUGCUGGAGUUGUGGAAGCUGUAGCUUCAGUCCAAAAGAAGCAUUCCGACAAUGAAGAGCUGAAGGAAGCGACUAAAAAAUUCAUGUCUGCCAUGUUCUCUUGAGUCUGGAAUCUGCUGUGCUUUCCCUUUGCUGGAGUUUGCAAUUAUCUCUAUUAUGUAGCUCUUUGGCGCUUUGGAUGUCAGGCUUGUCAGUAGCAUUAAUAGAACUUUAUAGGAUAGUCUUAUUCUACGGUGUGUUUGAG